AUGUCUGCAAGUGGAGCUAGGCCCAAGUCGGUCCAGGAUGUUAGGAACCUCUUGUAUAGGAGGUUUAGGGUGACUCUAGUGUCUGGUCGCGUUCUGGAGGGGGACUUUACCUGCUUAGACAGGCAAGGAAACAUCAUACUAAGUAACACGUUUGAGCAAGUGACCACAGCACCCGGCAGGGAGGGAAGGCACAUGGGCCUUGUGCUAGUCCCCACCAACCAGCAGCAAAAGGUCGAGCUUCAGGCAACUUUGGAGGAGGAGAUGUCGAUGUUGCAACUGGUGGAGAGCUACGCAGCAGCGCCACGACAAGAGGCUGUGGCUUAG